AUGAGGAAGGCCGAGGUGCAGAUGACCCUGAAGAAGGGGCCAGACGAUGGAAGUGUUACCCCACCGAGCCCCCGAAUACCCUCUAAACGGGCUAAAGUCAACCCAGAUCAAGUGGUACCGGAUUCGCCGAGCUCCAUAUACCCUACCCCUACUCCCCCUGUGUUCAUCCGUAAGAUGAGGAACGCGGCUGUGGGAACCGGCUGUGAUAUCCGAUUGAAAGUGGCGGUGGCCGGGGAUCCUCAGCCCUCCCUGUAUUGGUACCACAACGAUGAACUACUCACCCUGGAAAACCAGGAGUACGGAGGCCUAUGGAUCAGGGACUGCAAACCCAGCGAUGCCGGCCUCUACACCUGCAUCGCCAACAACUACCUUGGAGAGGCUAGGAGCAGCGCGGUUCUUGCCGUCUUGGAUCUUGGAGAAGACUCAGAGACCACAGAGGACGAAGCACCUGAGCCCCAGAUAUCCAUGGAGACCAAAGAAGGAGACAGGGGUCUUCAGGACCAGGCUGUCCAAAGAGUGCCUGCAGGGGAGGGGAUGAUGGACAUCGGCGCGGAUGCAAGCGGGUACCGGAGCGUGCGGACAGACAGCAGGAUGGGCACAGAGAACACGGUGGUGGAGAGGGAAGCCCACGCCUUGGGCAGUCGGGCACCGGGGCAGCAGGACCUUUCCAGAGCAGUCAGGAGCCAAUCUGAAGAUGUUUUGAGGGACUCUCCCCCUCAAGUCCUCCCACCCCCUUCCCCCAAAAUUGGCCGCUCCACCGCCUCUCCCAUGCUCAGCCGUUCCGGGUCAGCCCCCGCCACCCCUCUCACCCCACGCAAGAAAGCUGUUGUUCCAACAGAGUACCAAGAUACAGUACCAGGAGAGUUUGAGGAGAAGAUUAAGCAGCCUAAAUCUUCAGCCAUGUCCCAAAGUAGUGCCCAGGAUUCCCGACCCCAAACCCCUGUCAGUGAGUACUCCCGAAAAGACCUGACACCCCGCCCCUCACCCAAACUGACACGAGCCAGCUCCAAGAUCUUUGAGAAGGUACGUGUCUUUGAGGAGCGCAGGCGAAGCAUCGACAACCCUGAGGGCUCCAUUUCUGGACGGUCUUGGGCUGGAUUUCACAGAGCCCCAUCUAUCGACUCGGACGAAGGAGGGAGCCGGCUGGGGAUAUCUCGAGAAAGUUCCAAGGAGGAUCUCCAUGAGGCUCUGAAAGCAGACGCAGAACAGAGAAGGUCCAUGUUCAGACAGAGAGCCGCCUCUCUGGAGGACCGACCUCGCUACUCGCAAAAGGUUCAGGACAUCGAGCACAAGUUCACUGAGGAGCUGCAACGCAUCAAGAAACUUGUGGGUAAGCCACACAUGAAGAAGUCCUUCUCCACGGAACAGCUCUCCUCUCGCAGGAGCAGACAUCCCGUGAGGAAGGUGGAGCCAAUCCCUCCUCAAGUUCUUCAGAAGCUGCAGGACAGGGAACGUGCCCAGCAGGAGCAAGAGAGGAGAGAGAGAGAAAAACUCAAGGAAUCCUCUCCUCCUCCUAAAUCACUGCAGAUGCAAACAAUACAGCAAACAAGCAGAUUUGGGGAAGAAGCGUCUCUCCCAGUGGCCAUGCCACUCUCUGAAUUACCCGGCCAGAAGUCGCCAAAGCAGGAACAACGAGCUAGCCCAAUAAGAGAGAGCCCUCGUAGGUCUCCAACAGUGGACAUCCAAGCUGUACCUGAAGCGCGGUCGCGUUCGCCUGGAGCAAGGUCGGAGUCUCCAUCUAGAAACGUCCUGGAGAUGACUCUUCGAAAAGUAGAGCCAAGGCCUGCCAGUCCACUGGUUAAGAGGGUGGCUCAUGUCCAGGAAGUCCCCCAGGUACAUGAAAAGGAUGAGUCUGUACACAGGAAGACGCCUAUAGAGAUUACGCUAAGAAAAUUAGACAGAAGACCUGAGAGUCCUCUGGUACAGGCAGAGCCUGUCACUGGUCAAGAACGUCCACUCCAAGCACCACUGAAGCCUCCAAGACUUUCAUUAUCCUCCUCUGAGGAAGAGAAGAUGGAGUUAGAUGUGACUCCUUUGUCACCACCUCCCAAGCUUACCAUCCCUGCCAUCAUUGUGGAGGAGGAGCCGAUGGAGGUGGAGACCACUGCAGAGACUAAAAAGGCGACCAAACCCACUGCUGCUAAAGCGGAGAAAUCACAGAGGGUCAAAGGGAAAGGUCGGAGGGUUAGGCCCAUGUCCCCUGAACUAGAAUCUUCAGACGACUCAUACGUGUCUGCAGGAGAGGAUCCUUUGGAAGCCCCUGUGUUUGAGUUUCCCCUCCAAGAUACUGUAGCAUUCGCUGGUGCUGAUAUAAUGCUCAAAUGCAUUAUUGCCGGCACGCCUCAGCCAGAAGUGACGUGGAAGAGAGACAACGUGGACAUAAAAAGCAGUGCAACCCAUGUCGUUAAAGUGGAGGGAGAGAGGCAUUCUCUGCUCAUUAAGUGGGUAAAACAAAGUGACUCUGGGACCUACACCGUGACGGCCGUCAACGAAGUGGGCAAGGCCUCAAGCAGUGCCACCCUCUCUGUCCAAUCAGACCCCACCGGUAACCAUCGAGGAAACCUGGGCGUCCCCAUGGAUGUCAGCAGCCCCAUCACCUCUGAUGAGGAGUACCUCAGCCCCAUGGAGGAGGGCGUGGACAUGGGGGGCUCCAGCUACCGCACCCCUGAGCCGAAGAAAAUCACCGACACGCGCUUUAAAGAACCGCCCUCCUUUCAGGUUACUCUAGGAGACCAGUCUGUGAUUGAGGGGCAAGAGGUGACCAUGUCAGUGCAAAUGAGUGGCCAGCCCAAACCCAUGAUUUACUGGCUAAGGGACAGAGUGACCAUUAAAACAGACGUGAGGCAUAUUGUGCGGGAGACAGAGGAGGGUAACUUUGAGAUGAUAAUUAAAUCGGCUCAGAGGUCUGACACCGGCGUGUAUACCUGUAAGAUCAUCAAUGAAUACGGUACAAAGCAGUGUGAAGCCAGACUGGAGGUGAAAGCACCCCCAGUGGAGCCAGGUCUGGCUAUCAUCCGGCCAGUGAAGGACGUGACGGUGAAAGCAGGCGAAACUGCCUUGUUUGAGUGCCACGUGAUUGGACCUCAGGACAUGGAUGUUGAUUGGCUGUCAGAUGGGAAGCUUAUCCAGCCAGCCCUGCUGAACUGUAAGAUGCAUUUCGACGGCAGAAGGUGUAAAUUGCUGCUGAACUCUGUCCAUGAGGAUGACAGUGGCACAUACACCUGCAAGCUGAGCACAGCAAAAGAGGAACUGACUUCCAGCGCCAAACUCAAAGUCAUCGCAUCCAUCGAGCCUCUUUUCACCCGUAAGCUGGACGUCCUGGAGGUGAUCGAGGGACGCAACGCUCGCUUUGACUGCAAGGUCAGCGGCACGCCGCCCCCUAAGGUCAUCUGGAGCCAUUUCGACCACCCCCUGACAGAGAGUGAGGAUGUGCGCAUUCUGAAGGAGGGAGGACGACACUCGUUGGUCAUUUCACAUGUCAGUAAUGAGGAUGAGGGUUUCUAUACGGUGGUCGCCCGUAACGCACACGGAGAAGCUGAGUGCUCGGCUGAGCUCUACGUUCAAGAGCCCCGUCCUGCGAUAUCCUCUCAAAUGGCGAAGUUAGAGAAGAUGCCCUCUAUCCCAGAGGAGCCAGAGGUGCCUGAGAACGAGAUUGAACGCUUCACCAUGCCUGAUUUUGUCAAGCCACUCUACGACCUUGACGUUAUUGAGGGCAAGGAGGCCGUGCUCAAGUGCAAAGUGGCCGGUCUCCCCUACCCCACCAUCUCCUGGUUCCAUAACGGGAAGAAGAUCGACAGCACGGAGGACAGGAAAAUGACACAAUUUCGAGACAUCCACAGUUUGGUGAUACGGUCCGUAUGCCACGCCCACGGUGGCGUCUAUAAGAGUGUCAUCUCCAAUAAAGUGGGCAAGGCCACCUGCUACGCUCAUCUUUAUGUGACAGAUGUUCUCCCAGAUCCACCAGAUGGUGCUCCAGUUAUUGAAUCCAUCACUGGCAAGACUAUCACUCUACGCUGGAAGACGCCAAAAAGACUGGACCCCGCUAUUGAUCCCAAGUCUUUGAUGUAUGCUGUCCAGCAGCAAGCUCUGGGGUCAAUUCAGUGGACCAUCAUUGCCUCUAGUCUGAAAGACACCACCUACACCGUUACCUCAUUGGCCAAAGGAGUCCGUUACACCUUCAGGAUCCUGUCGAUAACCAAUAAGGCUUUCAGUAAACCUUCCCCUGCCACAGAGCCAGUGCAGCUCAUAGACAGAGGCCCAUACAGCCAAGAAGCCCCGGUCAUCAUUGAUAAGCCAGACACUGUUUAUGUAGUGGAGAACCAGCCUGUCUGUAUCACCAUCACUCUCAACCAUGUCAAUGCCACCGUCACGUGGAAAAGGAAGGGUAUAAUCUUGUACAAUAAACCAGGCGUGUUUGAACUGAGCAUGCCCGAUGACGACCAGCACAUGCUUAAACUGAUGAAGGUGCGGAGUGGCGACGAGGGUCAGCUCACAUGUAUCGCCAGCAACCAGUUUGGCAGUGAUUCCUGUGUCCUUACACUGGAAAUGGCAGCUCCUCCCACAUUUGAAUCGAUUAUGGAAGAUUUGGAUGUUAAUGUUGGUGAGACGCCUCGUUUUGCAGUGGUGGUUGAGGGAAAACCCAUUCCAGACAUCUUCUGGUACAAGGAUGAUGUCCUGUUGUCGGAGAGCAGCCACUUUACGUUUGUGUAUGAUGACAACGAGUGUUCACUGGUGGUGCUCAACACCAAGCCUGACGACUCCGGGGUUUAUACCUGCACAGCUAAGAACCUGGCUGGAGAAGUGUCUUGCAAGGCCGAACUCACCGUGCACACAGCCAAAGAGGAAAAGGACGAGCCUAUGGAAGAUGAACAGUCUAUCCUGAGGAAGAUGCGCCGUCUCACUGAUUACUACGACGUUCACAAGGAGAUUGGGAGAGGAGCUUUCUCGUACGUGAAACGGGUGACGCAGAAGGUGGGUAAGAUGGAGUAUGCAGCUAAAUUCAUCUCGGCUCGUGCCAAGCGGAAAACUUCGGCCCUGAGAGAGAUGAACCUGCUCUCUCAGCUCGAUCAUGAGCGGAUCCUCUACUUCCAUGACGCCUUUGAGAAGAAGAACGCCGUCAUCAUCAUCACAGAGAUAUGCCAUGAGGAGCUUCUGGACAGAUUUACAAAGAAAUCCGUCGUGAUGGAGUCGGAGAUCCGUUCCACUAUUAGACAGCUGCUGGAGGGAGUUGGUUACCUUCAUCAGAAUGACAUCUUGCAUUUAGACAUAAAGCCUGAUAACAUCCUCAUGGCUGACCCGACCAGCGAUCAGAUCCGUCUCUGUGAUUUUGGGAACGCCGUGAAGCUCACGCCCGGUGAGGCGCAGUACUGUAAAUACGGCACUCCGGAGUUUGUCGCCCCAGAGAUAGUCAACCAGACGCCUGUCUCCAAGGCAACAGAUAUCUGGCCUGUUGGAGUCUUGACAUAUCUGUGCCUCACUGGUGUUUCGCCGUUCGCGGGGGAGAAUGACCGCAGCUCUGUUCUCAACAUCAGGAACUACAAUGUGGCAUUUGAGGAGAGCAUGUUCGCUGACCUUUGCCAUGAAGCCAAAGGAUUUGUCAUAAAGCUGCUGGUUGCUGAUCGACUACGACCUGAUGCAAAUGAGUGUCUUCGUCAUCCCUGGUUUAAGACCUUGACAAAAGGGAAGAGCAUCAGCACCGAGUCCCUCAAAAAGUUCCUGGCCAGAAGGAGAUGGCAGCGAUCCCUCAUCAGCUACAAAUCCAAAAUGGUGAUGAGGUCAAUACCUGAACUGCUGGAUGACUCUUCUAGCCACAUCUCCAUCGCUGUCCCAAGACAUCUCAAAGAAGGUUCCCCUCCACCCUCCUCAUCCUCAGAUUCUGACGAAGACAUCGACGAACUACCGUUUAUCCCCAUGCCCCUCAACAUGGACUUUUCGGGAUCCAGAAUGUCCCUGACUGAAAUCCCAGGUGAAGAUGAAAUGACUGGGGGCAAGUCUCUCAGCAGUACAGAAGCAGGGGGAUCCAGCCCUCAGGAGCAGGAAUCAUUGGAGCGCGAGCCGUCAGAAAAGGGAACAGAUGCCGGGGACGCAGCUGCCCGAGGCCGCGCCAGAAAGAGGUCGACGCCUGAGGAUGAGAAGGGAUCGUCGGACGAGGAGCCGGGGGAACUGGCCAAAAGAGCGGAACAGUCUAAGAGACCCUUACGCAGAGGCUCAAGUAUGGAGUCAGAUCAGCCAGAGGCAAGUCGGCGUAGAGGACAGUUACGUAGAGGGGGCUCUGCCGAUAGUGCCCUGCUACUUCACAUUAAACCAGAAGAGGGCGCUGAGGAGAGCUCUAUGGGCGAUGGCAGAAAAGUUCUCAAAAAGGCAGUGUCUAUGGAGCUACCACGCAGGAGCCCAAGUCCAGGUACAGCGAAGUUGAGUCAGGAGGAUUAUGCCCUGAAACUGGAGCUAAUGAGGCAGAGGCUGCUCAGGGGUGGUUCCGUUGACAACAAGAUGAGUGGUCUGCGAGGACCUCUCCUCGAGACGCUGGGUAUGGGCGAUGAGAAACGCUACGGCCGCAUGUCUCGUCUAGGAGGAUCUCCACUAGUUAGGGCAGCCUCCACUGAGUCACCAAGGGAUGACAUUCCAAAAACCAAAGUUCUUCGCAAGAGUGCCUCUUUCAGCCAAGGUGACACAGAACCGAUUCCUCUGCACCGACGUUCCGGAGCACCCUUAGAGAUUCCUCUCGCUCAGAUAGAAGGGCGACGGCUGCAAGAGGCAGUGUCCAUGUCCGCACUUACCGAGCAGGUCAAGUUGGAUUCCCGGCCAGUCACCCCAAAACCAGUCACUCCAGAACCAGAGAAACAGGAGAAAACUAGUGUGAAAGACAUCGAAAUGCAGUCAGAAGACCAAGUCCAGGGGAGUCAAACUAAGGAGGUGGUGGAUAAGGAAGCAGAAGCAGACAUGGCAAUCACACAGAGUGGCAGCGAUCAGAACUCCAGCGAACCUGGUUCCCAAGAGAAGGAUGUAAGCAAGUCAGAGGAAUUACCUAAGGAAACCAAAAAAGACGAUCAAAGUAAGCCCACUCCUAUUAUGGCUCCAAGGAAUGUUGUAGAGGAAAAAAUUGAGGAAGAAAAUGAGGAAGAGGAAAAGAAGGAAGAUGUAAAGGAAAAAGAACCACCCACACCCAAAAAAGAGGUUAAGGAAGUUGAGGAAAUUAAAGAUGAAAUGAAGGUACCUGUGAAAACUCCAGAGAUUGUCAUAUCUACUAGUUCCAUCAUGGUGACCCCACUGCCUGUGCCUGCAAGAGCGCCCCCUGCUGUUAUUUCCACGUACGUAAGCCCUUCUCCUCCUGCACGUGUAGUGCUCCCAGAUGGCAGAACUUCUGCAUACGCCAGCAUCAUGCAAACCAUUAUGGUUCCAUCGCUACAGCCAGCCAGUUCCCCUGUUACGACUCCAGCACCAACAUCUGCACCCUCAGCAGUUCCCGUCUACACACCAAUAUCUAGGCACAUUUCUGAACCAACUCUUGUAUCUACCUCUGUCUCAUCUAAACCUGACAUUCACCCAACCACUGAACAUCCUGCGGUCUUCUCUCGGGUUGCAUCACCAGAUCAGACUUCCAAAGACUUAAGUAGAUCUAAGACUCCCACCCGAGCCUCUCCUAAGAGAGAGUCCUCUCCCAGUAGCAACAUCUCAGAUCUUGCCUCUGAGGAGGUGUUUGAGGCUCGGUUCAAGAAACGUGAGUCAUCUCUCACUCGUGGCCUGAAGCUUCUCUCUUGGCAAAAACCAGAGCAGACUCCAUCCACAAUUGUCCCUGAGGCAGGAGAAGAGAUGUAUCGACCUAGUCCCAUUGGUGCCCCUCUGGAAUUUGUACCCAGAAGAUUAGAGGAAAAGUCCAAGUCGGUCCAGGAUCUUCGUGAAGCAGAAAAAGAUCCAGGCUUCAUGAGGAGGCUGUCUAUGCGCCUAAGAAGGGCCCCAUCAGCAGAGAGAAAAGAAGAGAAAGUCAAAGAGGAAGAUGUCCCGGUUCCAAGACGCAGACUCUCUUGGGCUUUGGGUCGCAGGGGGUCACAGGAUAAGAAGGAGGUGGAGAUGGUGAGGAUGGAUGGAGGACCUGAAACUCCUCAGGGGGAAGAGGCCAAAGAACCCAAGAAACCCACCGAAUCCCCGGUUCUGGCUAUGCGCAGGAAGAUCGGUUCCACAGUGGCUGGCAUAUCCAUGAGAAUUCGCAGCCAUUCAGAAGAGAGGAAAGAUGAAAAAGAAGGCAAAACAGAGAGUAAAAGAACACCUCUGUUCUCCAUACUUCGUCGUUCGACCUCUGAAGGAGGUAGUCUGAAGAGAAUGGGUGUUCCGCAGAACCAGCUUGCCUCUCAGUCAGGCACAGGGGCCUCCUCUGAGUCUUUAGAUUCCAUGUCCAGCAUCCAAUCAGAGUCAGCUGUCAAAGGGGCGGAGACUGACCGCAGGUCAAGGUGGGACAGGUGGGGCCUGACGAGAGGAAGAAGAGACAAGACGGUCUCCCAACCGGAUAUUCCCACUGCAAUUGCCAGAGAGAACGGCUCACUCCGCUCUCGGCAGUAUUCCCGUCUGGCCUCUGACUUCCCUCCUGUAUUCCAUAUUAAACUGAGGGACCAUGUUCUCCUGGAGGGAGAUCCUGUCACUCUGAGCUGUCUUCCUGCAGGGAGCCCUCACCCUCAUAUUGCAUGGAUGAAAGAUAAAAAGCCACUUGAGAUCGACCCAAGGAUGAACAUGAUCUCCUGUCCUGAUGGGAGACAGCUGCUUAUGAUCAUGAAGACCACCAAGAAAGACGCCGGCCUCUACGAAUGUGUCGCUACGAACCCACUGGCCUCAGUUACCAGCUCCUGCACGCUGUCUCUCGCCCGUCUCCCUAACCGGCCAGGCACUCCCGAGGUCCCACAGCGUUACAAGAACACAGCACUGGUGGUGUGGAGACCCUCAGACACCAUGGCCCCUUGCACUUACACUCUGGAGCGGAGAACAGAGGGUGAAAAUAAUUGGCUUAUUGUGGCCACGGGUGUAGCCGACUGUUACUACAACAUCACAGAUCUUCCAGCUGGUGGAACCUACAGGUUUAGAGUGGCCUGUGUAAACAAAGCUGGCCAGGGACCCUACAGCAACCUGUCUGACAAAGUGGUCCUAGAUUCCUCAGCACCUCAGAAAUCAUCUGGAACUGUCAUAGUGAAGACACUCCCAACGUCACCUUCAGUGGUGACAUCCUCAAUGACAGUACCUCCAAUCAAGCCAGCUAGCAGUAAACCCACACCCCCAUCUACUGCCCCCGCAACACUUGCUCCAACGGCCCCUCCAGCACAGCCCAGUAAACCUGCCUCUGCUCCUCAUGCUCCAGCUGUUCCCACCUCGGUUGACCAGCCCACCUCCACCAGCCCUGCCCCUGCACCUCAAUACUCUGCCCCUACCCAUCGGUCUGUCUCUGAGAUUCAGACGGCAACUUCCAACACACCCUCCCAGGCCAAAGCCAAGACUACGCUCAACAUCACGGUCAGGAAACCCUCGCCACCGGCCGCUCCAACUCAGACACCGCCUGCAGCCAAACUGACUCCACCUGUUGUCCUCCCGAAACCACAGAGCCCAGUCAAUGUGGUUCCGCCCAUGGCAAAAACCCCACCAGUCACCCCACCUCCACUGGUGUCCCCUCCACCCGCCAUUGGAAAGCCCAUCUCGUCUGUGCCCAUGUAUGUUCCAGCAACUACCGCGGCGCGAGUUAGCCCUGUCACCCCCAAUACACCCUCCCCAGCUCUCUCUCCCCCAGUGGUACUGGUUACCAGUCUGAGUCCUGUUGGAGAAGGUACAGGCACACCCAGUCGCAUGACUCCGAGUGGGAGAAUCACGCCUUCUGGCCGCUCCACCCCCUCAGGACGCAGGACACCCUCCGGAAAACCUGGAGAGUCCACACUCCGCCAAGGAGUACCUCAGAAACCAUACACUUUCAUGGAUGAGAAGGCUAGAGGUCGCUUUGGCGUAAUCAGAGAAUGCAGGGAAAAUGCCACCGGCAACCUCUUCAUGGCAAAGAUUGUGCCGUACGAGCCAGAAAACAAGCAGGUCGUGCUGCAAGAAUACGACAUCCUCAAGUCCCUUCACCACGAGAAGAUAAUGGCUUUGCAUGAGGCUUACGUCACUCCACGUUACCUGGUGCUCAUCUCUGAGUGCUGCUCUGGCAAAGAACUCCUCUACAGUCUGAUUGACAGGUUCCGUUACUCAGAGGAUGAUGUGGUUGGUUACAUUGUCCAGAUCCUGCAGGGCCUGGACUACUUGCACAAUCGCCGAAUCUUGCACCUAGAUAUCAAGCCCGACAACAUAAUUGUCACGUACAUGAAUGUGGUCAAGAUCAUUGACUUCGGCAGCGCGCAGAAUUUCAACCCUCUCUUCCUGAAGCAGUUCAGCCCUCCCCUGGGAACACUGGAGUAUAUGUCUCCUGAGAUGCUGAAGGGGGAUGUGGUGGGUCCUCCAGCUGACAUCUGGAGCGUUGGCGUUCUAACCUACAUCAUGUUAAGUGGGAGGUUGCCUUUUACGGAGAACGACCCACAGGAGACAGAGGCCAAAAUCAUCGCUGCGAAGUUUGACCUCAGUAAGCUCUACCAAAACGUGUCCCAAAGUGCCUCUCUGUUCCUCAAGAAGAUCCUUUGCAGCUACCCUUGGGCACGUCCUAACGUUAAGGACUGCUUCAGUAACUCCUGGCUGCAGGACGCCUACCUGAUGAGGCUUCGACGACAGACUCUUACCUUCACCACCACACGCCUCAAAGAGUUCCUGGCCCAGCAGCAGCAGCUCAGGGCGGAGGGGGCCACCAAACACAAGGUCCUCCUGAGGUCUUACCAGAGUUCUCCACAGACCCCCAUCUCCCCAACUGCACCUGUCACACCUGCUUUACCCCCCACCCCUGUCACUCAGUGA